AUGGACGCUCAAAGCAAAAUCCUUCAGCGCCAACGGAACGAAAUGCAACUUAUUCAUGAGGAAGUUAAGCGAAAGCUUGACGUUCUUUCUUUAAAUAUGACAACACAAACCAAAGCCAUUGAGGAAUUGGUAGAACUAGAAAAGAAGAGUAGUUCCACGUCGAUCUCGAAACUUGGAGACGAGCCCGACUUUUCCAAAGAAGUUUUGAGCAUUUUGAGGAAUUCGACUUUGACGCAAAACUCAAAUUUAGAGAAGAUCAGAACUUUAGUGAAUAUGACCGUUGCCGACUUUGAACGAAUUCAACAAGAGAUGUUAGUGUCUGUUGACAUUUCCCUUCGUUCAUUAGAGAAGCGCCUUAAAGUGUAUGACGACAAGUUUGUUACAAUUGAAAGAUUUAAGAAACGUGUUGGACCUCAAACGUACGACCCGGUCACUUUGUCGUUCACCGACGGGGACGUUGUCGUUGACAAAAAAGUGUUGUCGUCACAUCUCUUUUCAACUUCACUCUUGUCCGAGUUCAUAUCGGCAGCAGGCGACUCCGUCACGCCAAUCCACAUUGCUAGGAGUCAGCAAUACUUCAAGUAUAUCUUAAUGUACUUCACUGAUGGGGAGAUAGUAUGUGGGGAGAGUUCUUUAGGGAUGCUCCAAGCCGUUUCCAAUGAGAUGAGUGCCUAUGGGAUACCGACUUCUGAGAUCUAUAAAGCUUUGCGACAACUGCUUACAAGUUACUUAAUCGAGCACAAAGACCCUUCGUUGGAUGUCUUGUGUAAAACAGUGAACUUAGGGGAAUACACCAAACUCUUUGCGUUGCAUCGAGCAUGUAUGACGGUGAAUGACAGUGAGAAGGACGUUGCGGAGCAAUUAGAGAAGUGUGGGACGUAUGAAGAAGCCACUCAAGUGAUAACGACGAUGAUAACACAAAGAGAGUUAGACAUUAGUAAGUUCAAGAACGUCGAGUUGGUAAAAUUUGUGACGAGUUGUUUCAUUCGGCGGGAGAGUAUUGAGUUUAAAGUCUCGAAUAGUAAUGUUGUGUUUAGUACUACAACACUCUGCAAUCGAUUACAUAAGCAAUUUAAUGUCGGGAUGAUCCCUGAAAUAGUCUCUGCUUUCAAUUUCCAUAUUGGGAACUUGGGAAGAUCGGGAAUAGGUAAUGCAAUGUACGUCGGAUUCUCUUUUGCACCACUUGCAAGUCCACCAGCAGAUCAGACGUGGGUGAAGUGUGGGUUUUACUUGUCAAUAUAUAACGGAAAUUUGUAUUCAGAAAAGAUCACACCAAAUUCACAAGAACACAAGUACUAUGAUAAAAAGAUCGGGAAGGAUGACGACAUCGUCUGUUGGUAUUCUCGCAAAGACAAAGUCAUUGGCUUUAUUAUUAAUGGAAUAAAUUUGGGACCCGCUUUUGUGGGGAUUGCACAAGUCAAUUUGUUCCCCAUAUUUGUAUUAUAUGAGGCAGAACAAACUUUUGUUGUUGACAGUGUGUUACCCAUUCAGUAG